AUGAGAUAUAGAGCCGUCAUUACUCUCAGCUGCUCCUUGUUGUCUGGUGUGCGGAGUCAGUCACAAAAUGGUCCGACAAACGCUCCUCAGGUCGAGCCUGAUGUGCCAUCGAAGGCUCCCCUCGUUGGCGAUUAUAGAGGUCAAUACAGACCGCAAGUUCACUUCUCAGCCCCAAAACACUUCUUGAAUGACCCGAACGGCUUAUUCAGAGAUGGAAACGGUACCUGGCACAUGUAUUAUCAGCACAAUCCUACAGGCAACACGGCAACGAACCAACACUGGGGGCAUGCUACCUCCCAAGACUUGUACCACUGGACAAAUCAGCCACUUGCUUUGUUCCCCCCCAGGAAGAAUGUCUAUAUUUACUCAGGAAGUGCCGUUGUAGAUACAAACAACACGUCAGGUUUCUUUCCUAAUCAAGAAAACGGCGUCGUCGCAAUCUAUACCUUGGCUGAGUACGAUGCUGAUGGAAACCCUGGUCCGCAAACUCAGGCGAUUGCGUACUCCCGUGACGGUGGCUUCCACUUCACUCCAUACGCCAACAACCCCGUCAUACACAGUACCUCUUCGCAAUUUCGUGAUCCCAAGGUAAUUCGGUACCACCUUCACUGGGUCAUGGUGGUAGCGUAUUCGGAAGAACUCACCAUCGGAAUAUACACAUCGCCAGAUCUCAUCACCUGGAGUCAUGCAAGCAACUUCACUCUUCCCGGACUCCUCGGCUUUCAGUGGGAGUGUCCUAACCUGGUACGCAUGACGUACCGUGAUGAAAGGGGCCACAGACAGCACGACAUGUGGACUCUACUCAUCAGUAUCAACCCCGGCGCUCCCUUGGGUGGGUCCAUCACGGAAUAUUACCCUGGAAGGUUCAACGGAACUCACUUCGAGGCUGUUGACUCGGUUGCCAGAAUCGCGGAUUUGGGCAAAGACAACUAUGCCGGGCAGUUCUUCUACGGCACCCCCGAUGACGAGGACCCAGUCUUUAUCGCGUGGGCGUCUAACUGGGAGUACGCAGAGUCAGCGCCUUCCGAUGUGGAGAACUGGCUGGGCGCAAUGACUCUACCGCGGCGCACCUACCUGACAAAGACGGAGCGCGUCGGCUGGAAAUGGGUCAACUAUCCCUACAACAUGAGGCCGAUCAUGGGGGAGACCUUGGCGGCCCACGAACGCCAUGCCAACGGAAAUGUCACUGUUGACUUCUCCCACGUGACUUCCAACGCUGUGUAUUGGGAAGCCAACGUGACCGGGAUACCGAAGCAGGGGAUAUCGAAGCUGGCAGCUCUGAAGUUUAAAUUUGUCAGCCCCGUGACCGCCGAGUAUAUACGAGGCGGCUACUACUUGGGUGGAUUAUCGCAGUUUUACCUUGACAGAGGAGGUGCCAAGGGCUUUGACAACGUCUUCUUCACCGACAAAUUCUCUGCGUCCAGCCUUGGGCAGAAUGGAUCGUGGUCAAUGAGUGGUGUUUUGGACCGCUCAAUGCUGGAAGUGUUUCUCGAGGGAGGGAUCGACAGUGGCACGGUGACGUUUUUCCCUACCUGGCCAUUGACUUUGAUGGUCUUGGAUAUGUGCGACCUGCCCAAAGGUGUGCAUGUCAGCAUUCGAGUGAAUGCCUUGAAAAGCAGCUGGGCCGGCAUGGAGAGCAGGGAUGGGCUCGUGUACGGAAAUCAAUCCACCAAGAACAUGGCGUCCGAGGACAUCAAUCACUUGUUGCGAUGGGUAUGA